CAUGGGCCUGGCCGCCUGGGGGCGCAAGGCCCUGGACAUCGCGGAGAAUGAGAUGCCGGGCCUGAUGCGCAUGCGGGAGAUGUACUCGGGCUCCAAGCCACUGAAGGGUGCCCGCAUCGCCGGCUGCCUGCACAUGACUGUGGAAACCGCUGUCCUCAUCGAGACCCUAGUCGCCCUGGGAGCUGAGGUGCGGUGGUCCAGCUGCAACAUUUUCUCCACCCAAGACCAUGCAGCGGCUGCCAUUGCCAAGGCUGGCAUUCCAGUGUUCGCCUGGAAGGGUGAAACAGAUGAGGAGUACCUGUGGUGCAUCGAGCAGACGCUGUACUUCAAGGAUGGGCCCCUCAACAUGAUUCUGGACGAUGGCGGUGACCUUACCAACCUCAUCCACACCAAGUACCCGCAGUUGCUGUCGGGCAUCCGAGGCAUCUCCGAGGAGACCACCACUGGGGUCCACAAUCUAUACAAGAUGAUGGCCAACGGGAUCCUGAAGGUGCCUGCCAUCAAUGUCAAUGACUCUGUCACCAAGAGCAAGUUUGACAACCUCUAUGGCUGCCGGGAGUCUCUCAUAGAUGGCAUCAAACGGGCCACAGAUGUGAUGAUUGCCGGCAAGGUGGCAGUGGUAGCAGGCUAUGGUGACGUGGGCAAGGGCUGUGCCCAGGCCCUGAGGGGUUUUGGGGCUCGUGUCAUCAUCACCGAGAUCGACCCCAUCAAUGCCUUGCAGGCUGCCAUGGAGGGCUAUGAGGUGACUACCAUGGACGAGGCCUGUCAGGAGGGCAAUAUCUUUGUCACCACCACAGGCUGUGUUGACAUCAUCCUUGGCCGGCACUUUGAGCAGAUGAAGGAUGAUGCCAUCGUGUGUAACAUCGGACACUUUGAUGUGGAGAUUGAUGUCAAGUGGCUCAACGAGAACGCCGUGGAGAAGGUGAACAUCAAGCCCCAGGUAGACCGCUACUGGCUGAAGAACGGGCGCCGCAUCAUCCUGCUGGCCGAGGGCCGGCUGGUCAACUUGGGCUGUGCCAUGGGCCACCCCAGCUUUGUGAUGAGCAACUCCUUCACCAACCAGGUGCUGGCUCAGAUUGAGCUGUGGACCCACGCAGACAAGUACCCUGUCGGGGUUCACUUCCUGCCCAAGAAGCUGGAUGAGGCAGUGGCUGAAGCCCACCUGGGCAAACUGAAUGUGAAGCUGACCAAGCUGACUGAGAAGCAGGCCCAGUACCUGGGCAUGUCCCGCGAUGGCCCCUUCAAGCCUGAUCACUACCGCUACUGAGAGCCAGGCCUGCCCUUCACCUUCCAGCUGCCAUCCUUGCCCAGGCCCAAUUGUUCCUCCCAAGAAUGGCACCAACUUUGUGAUUGGUUUGUUAACAUCCCCCUUCGACUCCCUGGGGCUAGUCACUCAAUGUCUGGCCUCUGCUGCAUCCCUCAUAGUGUUCCGAGUAUGGCAGGGGGAAUUGAGAGGCCCCUCUUCAAGCCCUGGUCAUGAUGGAGGCACAAGGGGAACAUCCACGGAGAACCAUGAGUUCAGGGGCUUUGGGACUGCCCAGUCAGUCCUUCCUUAGACUGGAAGUCAUUAAUGGUGGUCAGAAAGCCCAUGCACUUUACCAUCUAGGUCUUCACCUGGCCUAUGGACUUUUACCAGUGUGCUUGGUUUACAAGUUCACUGGUUCCUCAGCCCAAGACAGUCGAGAAGGAACUAUGUUAAAAAGCAAGGAGGAACUGUUGGAGUUUGAAUGUUCCUGAGAGCCUGGGUUGGUGCUGGGCCUUCUCUUAAACCUGAGAACAAUGAUGUUGAUACUUUUAGUCCCUGUCUUACAGGGUUUAGAAUACACUGUUAAAGAUAGAAACAAAAAAUUUAGCCAGAACAGGACAAGAGAGGUGAUAGGCAGAGGUUGAGAGGGACCAGAAAAACAUAAAAGCAGACAUAGAUUUGCUACCACUUUGUAACAUGAUGGUUCCUAUCACAGCCCUGGGUCAAAAAGAGAUUAAUUUGGUUUAUAAAGUUUAUAUAAUGUUUAUAAUGUUAAAAGAAAGCAGGAUGGUGGGUAAAUAAAAAUUUUGGUGCCUAAAAA